ACGACGGAUGCUAAAUCACAGUUGACAAUCAAGCCCCCUGUUAUCAUGGCUGCUUCCACCUACAUCCUUGGGUUGUACAUUCUGUAUGGACUGAUUUCCGGUGCAUCAUCACAGAUAAUGAUCUUACCCGACACAAGGCAUGGCGACAAAACAGUCAGCCCGGGAAUUGCAUACGAGACCACAGGUUACGUGGUAGUCACUGUCCGGCUUGAUGCUCCGACGGCCUCUGGAUUGGGGUUCAAAUAUAGCACUUUUCCGAAUGGUGCAAGCUGGGAUGACUUUGAGCGCUUUGAAUACAUGCCCAUCAGUAUCCCCGUUGGGGGUGAUCACGUCAAUUUUACCAUCGGCAUAACGCAGGACAAGAAAAAUGAGACGCACGAUGUCAUCAAACUGAGGUUAACUGACUUCUCCGACUCGUCUGGUGCAUUCGAGCAUUUCAUUCAUAUCGCAGACAAUGACGAUAUCACCAUAUGUACAGGGGAGCGGUCGUUCAGGGAAAAUGACGGCCUAGCCAGAGUUCGACUUUCUCGGCCUGAGGAGAAAUCUGACGGCAUCCUCACGGCGUUUGUCAGCACAAGGACACUUCCUGGCCAGGCUAAAGAGAACGAAGAUUUUAUACCCAUCACAAAUGACAGGGUGGUGUUUGCAAAAAAUGAAAGGUUCAAGGACAUCGAGAUCACUUUGAUCGAUAAUUUUAAAAGAGAAAACGACUCAGAACUGUUUCAAGUGCUGGUGACCGGCGAUGGACUUGUCACCUGCACAACCGAUGUGCUCAUUUAUGACGACGACAUUCCGGAUCCCUUUGACUGUAGAAGAGGUAUAAGCCAGCCUUGCAAGUACAGUGGAACGUGUAACGCGACGAACGGGGCAUGUGUGUGUCCGUCUGGCUACGUAGGGGCUGACUGCAGCAGGCCCAUACCGCGCAUUAAUGGAAUAGGCUGUGACGGACGAUGCAGUCCCGGCGGUGUGUGUAUGUCUGACAACGUUGGUGGGGGCAAGGAAACUAUCACCUGCAACUGCCACCCCGGGUGGACUGGAGCCUACUGCAACGGAACCUCGUACUACCACCAGUGUAACCAGAACAGCUUCAGCGUCUGCAUCACCCCCUACAGCUUCGCCGACUUUGCCGGAAGCGUCCACGUCCGGGGCAACGCCACUGUCGGCGGCUGCUACCUCCAGCGAGCUCCGUCCCCUGCUAACACGGGUGACAAGAUCCCUGACUGGUGCAAAGGCUAUGCAGCCACGUUCCCAUUCAAGGGAGGGCCCUGUCAGAACUUUGGACCUUCCAAUAACGGAGGAAACAAGACGUACGUUCUUCAGCUUAUCGUGCAGUAUACGAAUGGCACCCUCAACCGCCUAGACGAGCUCGUCACCUUCACCUGCCAGUUCGACAACUCCUCUUUGCUCGUCUACAGCAAUGCAGUGGAGACCAACCCAUCCGAGACGGCUCUGGGGAAACAGGGAUCCUCCUUGAUUUUCAAUCCCGUCACGAUGACAGUCACCAGAUCGAACGGGGCGGCUAUCACAUCAGUCCUGCAGCUUGACGAGAUCAUCCAAGUGUGUAUUGCAGUCCCAUCAAGUGACUGGGGCUGCGUGCUGACUCACCAGAUCAUGGUCAACAACACGCUGUCAGGCGGGGACGCUGUGUCAUGGAUGGUGUAUGAUGAAGGAUGUAUCGUCCCUCAGUACAGUGGGGUUGUGGUUGAAAAACCAAUCUUCCCUGCGACAUCGACUAGAGCCUGUUUCAAGCUUCGUAUGACGUCAGUUGGCAGUGUAACCACUUCACACAUGGGCAUCGUCGUUAAAGCGUCCGUAUCUAAUGGAGCAUGUUCCGGUCUAUCGUGUUCAACUGGAUUUAGUUUGAUCAAAGAGGAAUUCUCCACUAAGAGAAAACGUCGUGCGGCACAGGACACUCUAGUGGGAUACGUCAUCGCCUUUGACGGCAACCCCAAUCUCCAGGGUACACAUCCGGGCUCUCCAAGUCAAGGAAACAGUGGUGACGUUCAGACAGAGACCGCCGCAACAGCAACUGCAAGCCAGUUCAAGCUCCCGAUGUUUGUAGGAAUCGGUCUUGGUACCGGUCUCCUGGCCCUACUCUCCGCCGUCCUUGGCUACAUCGUCUGCAGACGUCGCAACAACGUCGACAAGGAAGAUGACCUGCCUAAGGGACAUCCUUCUCCUUACUAUAAAUAAAUAAUCAAGUGACACUUGAGCGUGGAACAGAAAAACAAAAUCUCCAAAAUUUCUAUUCACGCAAGUAAAAAUGAUAACGACGUACUUGGUCAUUUUAUUCCAUUAAACUGCUUUUUAUCGACGAAAGCCUUGAUUAGAUUUAAUAUAAAAAAGAUAAACCAGUGAUAACCAAUGAUUGACGUCUGAAUUUAAAUUGUGUAAAUCUGUUGUUGAGUUUAACCUGAACAAAUUCUUAUUUACUAUCUUAAAUAAAUUAGUUGUCUCGUGCCGAGGCAAACUUUAUCAGAAACACUUCGUCAAACUGAAGUGAGUAUUUGUUUCUUCACUCUUCCUCGAAACAUCUCUUCUAAAUUCGAAAGGAACUCAUGCUAAACUUUCAAAUAAGAAAAUAAUGGCGUAUAAUUGUAAACUUCCUGCAAUAAAAAGCUGGUGUAUA